GGCCAUAUCACGAUAUCAGGUUUUCAGUGGUGUCAUAUGUUAUUCUGGUCUCUCUUUUCUUCUCAGUCUGUUACAUGCGACUGAGGGACUGAUUGUGUCUAGAUUUUAUCCACCUAGCACGAUGCUGGUGCCCAUUGCAGAACAACUUGCAAACCUGAGCUUGGUAGAUACGGAGUGCACACAAAGAACAACCCUCAACGAUAGGGGUUUGGGCGGACAAGCGGGACAAGGAUGCCAGCACCCUGCAAAGGGUAUUCGAGCACCUCUUGCUCGUUCGUGCUCGAGGGAAUGGGUGGGUCAUCAGAAUGACCAUGCUCCACUCUUCCGUCUUCCAGACGAGAUCCUUGCGGAAAUCUUAAUGCACGGCGUUCAGAUGGAGAUACUAGAUGGCAGCGGCGGCGAUUUCGAGAAGACAGUGUCGCACGUGUCCAUGCGAUGGCGAACUGUAGCCAUCUCUAAUCCAUGUCUCUGGACCCACAUUUCUGUGUGUCCGGAGGGUACUCAGGCAUCCCUUCAAACGCGUAUUCUUCGUUCUGCGAACGCACCGGUUGAUGUUGACAUCUAUCCUUGGCCGACACAGCUCACCAGAACUGCACCACACUCGUUACUUGUCCAACUGAACAUCAUUCUCCGUUGCGCAAGUCGGUGGCGCUCACUCACUGUUCGGUCUGGGCCGAUGGAAUCGAUGUUCUCUUUCAUCAUGCUCUACUUCACGCGUUACGGGACAUCUCUGCCAUCUCUCGAAUACGCGAGGCUAUAUGGAUCGAAGAUGCAAGUUAGGCCUUGGUCACGGGCACUCUUUUUCGACGAGCGUUGCACUCCAAGGCUGUCUACCCUCGAGGUUGCCAACAUGAAGAUAUGUGCUAGCAGUCUUGAUUCCCAGAACUCGACAAUCACCGCCCUAAUCCUCACGAGAAACAUUCCAUCAGAGAUUGAGACGACGCCUUUGAGUGAUUUUAUUCGUAUCCCUUCCUCGUUCCCUUCUCUCACCUCCUUGGUGAUCUACGGUCUCGUGGUCGACAUUUCUUCGUAUCAGUCGUCUACCGACGAUCACCAGUACCCCGAACUCCGCACCCUAGGACUCCAUCACAUCAAUAGCAUGGAUUUCUCCCCGCUGAUCACCACACUUGCAUUGAUGUUUCCUGGCGUUACACACCUUAAUUUGACAGGGCCCUGGGCUGCCCUCUCAUUACUCGAGGCUGUACAAAAAGUAUCUGCAGAUAAAAUAUGGCCGGACCUUCAGAAACUUGUGCUGAACAGCUUUAUUGGCCAUGAAUGGUCACAAAUCCAUCGUUACCUUGAAGAAUAUAAUGGUGGCGACGGCGAAGAUAUGACGCAAUAAAGAUGCGCCGCGUUUUCAACAUUUGGGCCAUAUUGACAUGCGCCGGACCGCAGGGGACAGACUUUGCACAGUGGGGAACUGAAUUUACCAUGAUAAAACUGUCACAUAUUGGAUUUGUACAUACAUACAUAGCACUAGCGUUCACAUCUUCAAGUUAGACACACGUUUUCUCCGCUUUUACACUGGUACUGACUGGCACGGUCGUUGGCGCGCACAAGUUAAC